AUGGAUGGACCAGAACCCAAGCCAAUACCGGCUUAUUACUGCUGUUAUCUCCUCCGGUCGACAGUCCGUCACGCCUCACUGUACAUCGGCUCGACGCCUAACCCGAUCAGACGACUCUCUCAGCACAACGGCGUCGCCAAAGGUGGGGCCAAGCGCACCGCCAGAGAUAAAUUACGCCCCUGGGAAAUGUCCCUGGUGGUCGAGGGUUUUAUGAGCAGAGUGAGCGCCCUUCAAUUUGAAUGGGCCUGGCAGCACCCGGAAAAAUCACGGCACCUCGAACCCGAAGACGAGUCCAAAGCCAAGGUCAAUUUCGACCCGAAGACAGGGAAGCCCAAAGCCAAGCCACGCUCGCGAGCUAGAAGAUCCCUGACGGCCCAUUUGGAAGAUUUGCAUUCUCUGCUUCGGUCGACCUGCUUCUCUUCGGGGCCAUUGCGGGUCCGGUUCUUCCGCGCCGAUGUAUAUCGCGUAUGGCGCGCUUGGAACGACCGUGUAGAUUCCCGGUUGCCCCCCAAUAUCAAGAUUAUCCUAGAUGGUGAUAACCUGGCAACGGUGCCCAACGCCAAGCAAACCAGUGAGAUUGAGCCUGCCGGAUGCAUAAACAACCUAUCAGUCGAUUACACCAGGUUGGAAGAUUAUCUCGAAAAGUCGAUGUUUAUGCUCGAGGACCCUGAUGAUCUACAGUGCACAGUCUGUAAGAAGCCGGUCAUCCCAACUGCAGACCAGAUAGUAGUAUGCCCACAUUCAAACUGUCGAGGUACGAGUCAUCUAUUAUGCCUAUCUAGCAAGUUACUAGAUGCUACUGGCCAGCCAGACCUCUUGGUACCAACUCAGGGGACUUGCCCACUAUGCAAGAACGAUGUGCAGUGGCCGACGAUAAUGCGUGAAUUGACCUUCCGCAAUCGAGCAGAAAAGGAAGCAUGUGCAAUUCUGCGCAAGAAAGAUAAACGUCUACGCAAGGAGUCCGCAGCCGAAAUAAAACCGGCAGCUCAGGGGACUCGGGGAACUUCAAUCGAGCCAAGGACACAGCUGGAAGAACCAGCCCAAGAUGAGCUUAGCUCAAAUUGGUUCGAGCAGCUUGACUUGGAGUCUGACUCUGACUUCGAGGGGCGACAGAAGCAUCACUCAAAUGAUCCUCCAUCGAAGCUCGAAGUCGUGAUCGAAGACAGUGAUUGGGAUGAUGCGGAGCUUGUGGAAUGA